AGAAGACGUCACCGGGUGAAGUAAAGUGUGCGAAGGAAGUUUCUCUCAUCCUCCAUUUUAGUUCGUCUACCUAUCUAUUAGUAUCUACCAUCUCAAAUGUGCUGUGCUGUUACUACAUACUAGUGCGGUGCAAGCCCUUCUUUGUCCAUUUCCCUCGACAAACACAACGACUCUCACUUCCAUUUCUCCUAAAAUGGUUCAACCAACCAAAACCACACCCUCCAAACCAAACCACAUUAACCCCCAAACUCCCGCUCGAACCAACGAACCUCUUUCCCUUUCCUCCCCCGUCCCGCCUCGCAGACGUAGCCCUCGCCUCGCCUCUAUUUCCAACUCCGAACCUCCCCAAACAACCCCUGACCCCAACAUUAGGGUUUCCAACCGUAAUAAAAAACAAAACCCAACCGGUUCGGAACCCGAACCAUAUCAAAAAGGUAACGGUUUCCUUAAUUUGCGUUCGGGUAAAAAAGUUGUCAAACGUGGAAUAAAAAUCACAACCGAAAAUGAUGAUUCUGAAAACACUUCAAAAAGGAACAAAAAAGAAGAAGAAGAAAAAGAAGUGAAAAACGACGAAGGAGAGUCGAGUUUGAGUCAAAGAAGAAUACUAAGCAGAGAAGAGAAAGGAAAGGAAACUGUUUUUGUUGUAGACGAAAACAACAAUUUAAGCGCGGAAAUUGAAAUCGAGAACAGUAUGGAAGAAGAAAACGUAAACGAAGAAUUGAACGUUCUUGAACAAUCUAGAAACCCUAACAACAACGCCAGAGACGAGAACGUUGUGAGGAGGAACGAAUUCAUGGAACGAUUCAGAGAUAUAGCGAGAGAAAACGCAAGUCGUUUCGCUCUUUUUACCGAUGUUGAAAACGAUAAUUUGUCUCCUGUAAUUGAACAAGAGGAGAAUGAAAUCGAAGAUUGGCCCGGUCCUUUUUCAACUGCUAUAAAAAUCAUCAAGGAUCGAGAGAAGAAAGGGAUUCAAAGUCAAUCAGGUUCUGCAAAGAAGAGUUUGAUUGAUUCAAUAAAGUGGAAUCCAAAACCGAAUUCGGAGAAGUUAGGUGGAAAAUGUUCUGUUCCGUCGUUGCAAGAACUUUGCAUAAGAAUACUUGCUAACAAUGUUGAUGCUAUUGUUUCGCUUGAGACUGUGCCCGACGAUUUUAGACAUUGGCUUAGUCAGUUGCUGUGUGACUCGAGAAGAAUUAAUGACCAUUUCUUUGAACUUCUUGUUGGUGGAACUCCUACGGAGAUUCGGCUUCGAGAUUGCUCAUGGCUGUCUGAAGAACAAUUUACCAAAUGCUUUCAAAUGUGUGACACUUCUAAUUUGGUGGUACUGCAACUUGACCUAUGUGGGCGCUGUUUGCCGGAUUAUGUAGUAGUUGCCACAUUAGCACAGGCACCAAGGCGGUUACCUAGAUUAACUCGUUUAUCCAUCAGUGGUGCAUGUCGGCUCUCAGAUGUGGGGUUGCGUGCACUUGUUUCUUCUGCUCCAAUACUUACGUCAAUAAAUCUUAGCCAGUGCUCCCUUCUCACGGCUUCUAGCAUUUAUAUUUUGGCUGAAUCACUAAAACCUCUUCUAAAAGAGUUGUACCUUGAUCAUUGCCUUGGUAUUGAUGCUGCACUAAUUGUUCCAGCACUGAUUGAGCUUGAACAUUUAGAAGUGUUGUCAGUGGCUGGUCUUCCAACUGUUUGCGAUACAUUUGUUAAGGAUUACAUUGUUGCACGUGGCCACAACAUGAAAGAGCUUACUUUGAAAGACUGCAUAAACUUGACUGAUGCAUCAAUCAAAGUCGUUGCUGAACACUGUCCUGGAAUAUGUGUGCUUGAUCUAAUGAACGUCUGCAAAUUAACAGAUUUGUCCAUAGGAUAUCUGACAAACAGUUGUCGGGCACUUCAUACACUAAAGCUUUGCCGUAACCCAUUCAGCGAUGAAGCUAUUGCUGCUUUUGUGGAGACUAAUGGAAAGUCUUUGAAGGAAUUGUCGCUUAAUAACAUUAAGAAGGUUGGUUAUCACACAACCUUGUCACUUGCAAGCCAUGCAAAAAAUUUGCAUAGUCUAGAUGUAUCUUGGUGCCGAAAUUUGAGCGACAAUGCAAUGGGUUUGAUAGUGGAUAGUUGCUUGUCGCUGAGAUUACUUAAAACUUUUGGAUGCACUCAGAUAACUGAUGUUUUUCUGAAGGGUCACUCAAACACAGAGAUCCAGAUUAUCGGUAUAAAAAUGACUCCUAUCUCGCAAGUGACAGAACCAGGCGCCUUGAAUUAUUCAUCGUUUCCGUAGACUUGCAUAAUGUAGAAUAAGAUGAAAUGUAUAUUGUAAUGGCAUAAAGUAGAAUCAGAUGAAAUGUAUAUUGUAACAAUGGCAUAACAAUGUACAAGAUAUUUAUAGUAUAUUUCUAGAAUACUAGAGGACGCAUACUAAAUUAGACUCUGAAUUUUGUCCUAAAUAAAGCAUAACAAUUACGUUUCA